CAGACAGAAGAAGACGUGUUGGUUGGGACUUGGUUACCAUAACAACGAUGAAUGCUGCAAACGACGAAAGACUGGCAGAGGAGGUGAGGAGAUACCCUCACCUGUACGACCCUUCCCUGCGGGAGUACAAGGACACUUUCCGGUGUCAGAACUCCUGGAGAGAAAUAGCACAGACGCUAGGGAAGGAUGAACAGGCAUGUCUGCAGCGAUGGAAAGUUUUGCGCGACAACUUUGUCAAAGCAAAAAAGAAGGCCAAGGGAAGGAGUGGUGGUGCUGGUGACAGUGUCAGCAGAGCCCCUGUCCUUGCACAGCUUGGCUGGUUAUCCAGUUGCGUGAAACACCGCGACACGGAGUCAAACGUGCCACCUUUGAACGACAGUGUCACCCUGGACACCAGCACGCUCGACACCACACUCGAGACCACACUCGACCCCGGUCUUUCGAUUGCAAGCUCCAUCCCUCCCUCUCCUGGUGCCGAUGUAGAGCCAGUGUCAAGUCCACUGACACAGUCCACUGACACAGAAUCGCCGGCUCCUGCUUCUUCAUCCCCAUGUCAGCCUGCAGCCGCAGCCACAACAGCGCACAGAAAGAAACGCAGGCGGGAACCACCGAUGUCGGCAGUGCAAGUGGCGUUAACCACGCGUCUCGAGAGGCUCGAUGCCAACAUGUUGAAUGAGGAGAAGUCAUUCACAGACGACAUUGGCAAGACGCUGUCGAGGAUGCCACUGGUGACAAGGGGACAGUGCAAGAUAGAGCUGAUGCUGUUGGUCCAAAAGUGGUUCGAGCGGUGCCAGCUGGAGCCAGCAGAACAGUAGACCUAGCAUAGCCUAGGCCUAAUCAUCCUUGGACGUUUAUAUUGUAAAGCAUUUUUA